CAAUUCACCUAAAAACAGAAAAAAUAAAAAAUAAUAAAAAAUAAAAAAUAAAAAAAGCAGGUAUCCUUCUUAUCUCCUUUGCCAAAAGAUGUUUCCCCUUCUCCCCAAACCCCGCCUCCAUGGCUGAUAAUGCAAACUUGGUUGGGGCAGCCAUGGUUACAGAAAUAACGCGCGAGGCCAAGCUUGCAUGUUGCAAGAUAUACAUCUCGGAAGGGGGUCGGAAUGCUCUCGCGCUGGACUCGAUCGAGCGAGCCGCGAAACACUUGCCGGAACCGGAAGUUGGUAUCAUCAACAGGUGGAAGGACGAGAUCUACAACAGGGUGGGCUACACGAUCGUGUCGCGCUUCGAUCCCCACUGCUCGUUCGACUCCAAACCCCUGCGAAAUGCGGCGGCCGCCAUGGUCGAAGCCGCAUUCGCGUCCAUCGACCUCCGCUCGCACUGCGGGACGCAUCCCCGCCUCGGCGUUGUCGAUCAUAUUUGCUUCCACCCUUUGGCUCGAGCUUCACUGGAUCAAGCUGCGGGGCUUGCCAAGUCUGCAGCAGCCGACAUUGCCUGCCGACUUCAAGUGCCCACAUAUCUGUAUGGAGCAGCUCAUGAUGAAGGGAGGAGCGUAGACUCCAUAAGAAGGGAACUUGGUUACUACAAACCCAACUCAUUAGGUUACCAAUGGAAAGGUGGCCUAAAUUUGGAGCCCCUGAACCCAAACCCUGAUUUGGGUCCAACCCAAGUGACUCAAUCCAAAGGAAUUUUGAUCAUCGGAGCGACCGGUUGGGUCGGAACCUACAAUGUGCCCAUUUUUUCUACCAACAUUGAGCUUGUUCGAAGAAUCGCCCGGGGACUGAGUGGGCGAGGGGGUGGGUUCGAUUCGGUUCAAGCAAUCGGGUUGAUGCAUGGCGAGGACAGAGCCGAGGUGGCAUGUAAUCUGCUCGAUCCGAUGCAAGUUGGAUCUGAUCAGAUUCAGGCUCGAGUCGAACGGUUAGCUGGUGAGGAGGGUUUGGCAGCAGGGAAAGGCUAUUUCACCGAUUUCUCGCCGGACAAAAUUGUUGAUUUGUACUUGAAUUCUACCUCGUCUAGUUAAAUUGUUAGCUCCAUAAAUUUGUUGGGCUAACCAUUGAGCUUAAAAUUAGUUUUAGAGGCAGGUUUGUAUCAUUUUCACUUUUGUGGAAGUUAUGUUUAGCUUUAAUUGGAUUAUUAAUUUCACUUCGGAAUAUGCAAAAGUCAAACAAUAUUUAUGGUAA